CACUCAUUCUGAAUGAGUCAGAGAGGCGUCUCAGGUGGAAAAGAACACAAUUAUAUCAUUACAAACUGACCUCAAAGACGCGAACUUCACUGCGUUCUUAAUAUCUGCACACAGCUCCGUCUACUCUGAGAUCCAGCCUGGACAAAAAGGAAGUUGAACAAUGGCCCCCGCCAAGAAAGGAAGUAGUUGUGCCGUGCCCAUGCAGUCUUCUCCAAAGAAGGGCUCUCCGGCACCAGCAACCAAACCAUGCAGCCCUGGAUCCUCGUCCUCCGGAGUCCAGAGAGAACCAGAGAGACCAGCCAUGAGGCCGCGGACUUCUGCCACUGAGCCGCAAGUGGCACAGGCCAGACGCACGCCGACCAGAUCCAGGCCAGUCCCACCACAACCUGGGAGGCCACCAGUGAGUGACGUCAAGACGUCAGCCUCUGGUCCACCGCUGGGUGGAGCUGUGCAGCACAGAAGCAGAGCAGCCAGUGCUUGUCGGAAUCGAACCAGCUGUGCCAGGAGAGCCACCACCAGAAGAUCCCAAUCAGAAUCAGCAGGGACAUCUAGAAGCGCCAGGAACGGAACCGCUGGAACUAGGAGAGUGGGCGGCAGUACAGCCCAGGGUAAACCUGCAAGGACCAGUGCCGGGCAAACUUCCCCUCAAGCAAGCCGAGCCCACACUCCUCCUGUGCCCCAGGGCACCAUGGGCAAGAUGGACCAGGAGAAGUUGGCAGCCACUGAGGUGAAAACCAGGGGCCAGCGGGAGAACCCAGAGUGGUUCGAGCAGCGCAGGAACCGCAUCACAGCCUCCAUCGCCCAUAAGAUUGCAAACUGCCGCUUUGUGAACGGACGCAGCCAGGAGGUGCCCCAGUCCUACCUGCACUCCGUAGUGAGCUCAGGUUCCAGCUUCAAGACGGCAGCCAUGACCUGGGGCAUCGAGCAUGAACUGGCUGCCGCUCUCCGCUACCAGGAGCUGAAGUCCAGGGAGCUGGGGAGGAAGGUGCUCGUCCGGGACUGCGGCCUCUUCAUCCACCCUGACAAGCAGUGGCUGGCAGCCAGCCCCGACGGGGUCGUGGUUGAUGCUCAAACCGGGGAGACGCUGGGCUCCGUGGAGAUCAAGUGCCCUUUCAAGCACAGGGGCAGCACCAUAAAGAAGGCCUGCGAGGACAAGACCUUCUGCCUGCAGCGAGAGCCAGGGGGCACCUACAGCUUGAAGAGGAGCCACGCCUACUACACCCAGGUGCAGUGCCAGCUAGCCGUGUUGGGGCUCCGCAGGGCAGACUUCGUGGUGUACACCUCCAGAGACACGGUCGUCACUCCGGUGGACUUCGACCCGGAGUUCUGGGACCGCACUGAAGACAAGCUGGAGAAGUUCUACACCAGCGCUGUUCAGCCUUACCUGGCGAGACAGAACCCCGCUCUGUCCAGAGAGGAGUAGAUGCAGGUCUUUGCACAACGUAAUGAAACCAGGAGCUUCUGGAUAUCCCUGGAAAGCCGUUAAAGCACACAAGCCAGUCGAUGCAGGCGCUUCAGAUGCUGGGCCAAUCUAGAACACAUAGGAUGGGGCGAUGUGAGAAAGCAGGUUUCAAGAGUUAGUUAGCUUGCUGUCAGGGCAGGGAACAUUACUGCAUAGAGGUCCACUAAAGUCAUGAUAGCAUGAGCACUGCAAGACUGAAUGCAAAACCCUGACCCAACAAACCGGAGACUGCUUCCCUUAGUGCCACAGCCCAUCCCAUCUACAAGGCCAGCCUGAAUAUAGUUGAGCAGUAAAUACUCAGGGGCAGACCUCAAUCUGCGGGCGAGGUCUUUGUUUCCUGUGGCUGGCGUAUUCUUCUGUUUGUUUUGUUGGCUCUCAACACAAAGAGCUGUGCCUGAAUGCUGUUGUUUUUUUUUCCAGAUCUGUAAUUGUUCCUUUGUUUGUUGGCCGAGCUGUUGUCUGUCCCUCACCCCCCAUGAUGUUCUUUGCAUGCUUUUUCGUAUUUCUGGGUGUGAAGUUUUGGUAAUGCCAGUGUUCUCUACCAGUCCUAUACCAGUCACUAGUGCUGUCAUUAAAGCUUCCAUUUGCUGUGUAUCUAUAGAACAGUACAGGGACUUCCCUGGCCUUUAACACUGCUGUCCUGUCGAGUAUUAUCUCCGGUCCGGACCAGAUGAAAUGAACUAACAGUGUAACUAAUAGAAAUGAACUCCCUAUCUUGAGAUAUCAUUGAAGUACAAAAAAAAUUGUAAAAAAAAAAAAAAAAUGAAGUUGUUUCGGUCUUUCAGUGUCAUACACCAUUACAUGUGACAUAGAAAACAAGAUUUCAGGAAUUAAAGCAGAAUGAUAAAAACUCUGUGAUGAGAGAAUUCAUCACGGUGAGGCGAUGCCCAUACAGUGUGAUCUGCUUCAUUUCCUGGAGCUGUGCAUUGCAUCUCAACCAUUCUCAAAAUCCAGUGCCAUGCAACCUUAACACAUCACUUCCAAUCCAAGAGGGACAGCAAAAUGACAACCCUAAUAAUAAUAAUAAUAAUAAUAAUAAUAAUAAAGAUACCGUGCAUGUUGCAAUGCGUGUGAGGAGUGUAGAACUUGCAAAGCUGUACCGUGCCUGCCUUUUUGAAAAUAAAAUAAAAACUUAUUUCAUUA